AUGCCAACCGAAACUUUACUGACUGUUCGUGAAAUUAUUCGAAAUUCCAAUCAGUCUAGAUCAAUUAAUGCACUAACGGACAUACUUCCAUCGUCAACGAUUAGUCAACUUUCUACUACAAAAACUUCUGAUAUUUCACCAUUGGCAUGUAUUGGUUUUUCUGUACUGAUAUUAACGACAGUGAUUGGUAAUACACUUGUACUUGCUGCACUUUUUCUCGAUAAGCGACUUCAUACACCGUCAUUUUUUCUUAUUGCUAACAUGGCCAUUGCCGAUCUAUUACUUGGUGUAUCGGUCCUUCCAUUUUCAUCUGUACUCGAACUUCUUAAUAAUCGUUGGAUAUUUGGUCAAAAUUUUUGUUCAGCAUGGCUUGCACUUGAUGUUCUCUGUUGUACAGCUUCUAUUAUAGGUUUAGCUGGUGUAUCGAUCGAUCGAUAUAUUGGUGUGACUCGACCAUUAAAAUAUAGUAGUCUAAUGACCAUACGACGAACAAUUUAUUUAAUAAUUAUUAUUUGGGCUGUAUCGAUUUUAACAUCUGUUGUACCUUUAUUUGGUUUAACUGAUCGAGGAGCACCAGCGAAAAAUAUCAAUUCAUCAGAUGUAAUAUCAGAGACGUGUGAAAUUAAUAAAAAUACAUUUUAUACAAUAUUUUCUUCAAUGAUGUCAUUUUAUAUACCAGUUAUUAUACUUCUUAUACUUUAUUCACGUAUUUAUCAAGAAGCAAAAGAGCAAGGAAAAAAAUUAGAAAAUGAAAAACGACGUCUCUAUGAAAUUGACUAUCAAAUAGCAUCUGAACAUGCUCGAAAACAACAAAAUCAAUCAAAUGGACAUUCAGUCAAAACUCGAAUGUCUUCAAACCGAUCAAAUGAUACUAAAAAUGAUGUAUCAUCAAUGCUUUUAAAUCGUGAACGUAUUCCCGAUGAAGAAAGUGCUUUCGAUCGCGAUUUAUCAUCAACCUAUGAAGAACCAACGAAAAAAAAUGGUUCAGAUCUUCAGAAUGUUCCUGAUGAUGAUGUAUCCCAUAAUGGAAUUUCCGGGAGUCGCCGUAAAAGUCGAGUACGUUCCUUAAUUGACAAAAGUAUAUUAUCCACCAUACGAAAAAAUUCUAUUCUUCAUAAUUCUCAUUUUUCGCAUUACAACAAUAGCAUGUCAUCAGACGAUGAAUUAACUAUAUUAAAACAUAAAUUACAUAAUCUAAAAUGUGAGAAAAAAGCGUUUCGUACAGUUGGUCUUAUUCUUGGUGCUUUACUGAUAUGUUGGUUUCCGUUUUUUUUAACAUUACCUCUUACGGCAAUACUGAAAGAUUACAAAAUAAUCAAUGAUGAAAAUAUUGCCAAUACAUGGUUUAAAAUUACUUUUUGGCUUGGCUAUUGCAAUUCAGCAUUAAAUCCAUUUGUCUACGCUUUUUCAAAUCGUGCAAUACGUCGAGCAUUUCGUGAAGCGAUAUUCCGUCGGUUUUGCUUUUGUUGUAUUUGCCGAAAGAAAUCAAACCCUUUUAAUGAGCCAUCGUUGUCUCGACGUCGUGGUACAGAUAGUUGUCCAAUCGGAGCAGAAGUAUCCAAGAUACCUACGAAACGAGCUAGUUUACAUUUCGCAGAUGCUGUUCGAGCAAUAUCAAAAAACGAAUAUGACGUUGACGAUUCGUCUAAUAGACUGCCUCGAGACCCUAAUACUCAUAGACCAGCUGUUUCAUUUGCUGACUUUCUUAAUGAACAUGAUCCCAACAAUGAUACUUCUCGUGAUAAUCAAAAACCAAAUUCAGAAUUCAUUUCAACGCUGCCACAGAAUAAUUCGACCUCGAAUUCGAAUUCUUAA